CGAGACGUAGCCACACCCACAGCCACUCCUCGUCCUCCCACCGAGAAAGCGAGCAAUGGCGGCGCCCAACCGGAGAGGUGGAAGAAGAUCGUCAUCCGCAGGAUCGAGCAGGAGGAUGCCCGGUUCGUCUGCUACUCCAAGCGCCGCCAGGGGUUCUUCAACAAGGCCACGGAUCUGGCGGUCCUGACCGGCGCCCGGGUGGCCGCCCUCGCCUUCUCUCCCCGCGGCAGGGCCUUCUCCUUCGGCCACCCCUCCGUCGACUCCGUGGUGGAACGCUUCCUGGCGGGGGAGGCUGCGGGGGCUGGCGCGAGGGAGGAGGGCGCUGCCGACGACCACUUGCUGGCGGGGGAGGGCGCUGCCGGCGAAGACGAGAAGCUCGAGAAGCUGCAGCAGGAGUUCGACGAGCUGCGCACGGAGCUGGUCGAGUUGAAGAAGCGGACCAAGCGCACGGACAAGGCCAUGGCGAAAGAGCGCUCUGCGGGGGACCAGAUAGCGGCUUGGUUCGACCCCAAGGCGCGCGACAUGGGAGACGAGGACAUGGCGGCCUUCUUCGCCUCGCUGAUGCAGAUGAAGGACGCCGUCUCCGAUCGCGCCAACCAGGUUCUCCUCGAGGCGAUGCACGCCCACAUGAGCCGCAUGGCGGAGGUGGCCCCGCCGCCGCCGCCGCCCCAGAUCUCCUUGGAGUUCGGUAGCAGCAGCGGCACCACCAACGACGGGAUGGAGUUCCAGUUUCUGGCGCCUCCGCCACAGGAGCAGGGAUUCGAGGCCGCGAUGGAUAUGCAGCAGAUGGUGAUGGCGCCGCUGCCUCCGUCUCAGGUG